AUGAUUCCCCUCUCAUCCCUAACCGCCCUAACCGCCUUCUCCCUCUUCUCUCUCCUCCCCACAACCCAAGCCCACGGCUACGUCUCCGGCAUUGUCGCAAACGGUGUCUAUACCUCCGGCUGGCAAGUAUCCUACUGGUACGACAUCAUUAAUAAAGUCCCUUAUCCACAGACACCGGGAUGGUAUGAAGAGGCGUUGGAUUUGGGAUUUAUUUCGCCGGAUCAAUAUGCAACAUCCGACAUCAUAUGUCACAAAAACGCCGUAAAUGCAAAUGUAUCCGCCACGGUUCCUGCAGGCGGAACAGUCGAGUUCCAGUGGACGACCUGGCCACAUAAUAUUGGUCCAGUAUUGACAUAUGUUGCUAAUUGUGGGGGAAGUUGUGCGACAGUCAAUAAAAAUAAUUUGAAAUUUGUCAAGAUUGAUCAGGCGGGGAUUAAUUUAAGUACGCAGGUUUGGGCUUCGGGGGAUUUAAUUGCGAAGAAUAGUUCUUGGACGACUACGGUGCCAAAGAGUCUUGCUGCUGGACACUACAUAUUCCGACACGAAAUCAUCGCGCUCCACGGAGCCACCACACCAAACGGCGCCCAAAACUAUCCCUUCUGUCUCAACAUCGACGUAACGGGUUCUGGAACCGCUAAUCCUGUCGGUGUACCUGCUACUAGUUUUUACAAAGCCACUGAUCCCGGGAUUUACUUUAAUCCUUAUGUGACCUUGAAUAAUUAUACCAUUCCUGGGCCUGCGCUUUGGACGGGUUAG